AUGUCAAGAUAUCAUAAAGCUGCUAUUGAUGGCUAUUUGGACCUCUUAAAGGAAGCCACUAGAAAAGAUCUCAACACGCCUGAUGAGGAUGGCAUGACACCCACUCUAUGGGCUGCUUACCAUGGGCGUCUUGAGGCUCUCCAGCUCAUAUGCAGCAGAGGUGGCAAUCCUAACAAAAGUGACAUCUGGGGGAACACAUCCUUACACCAUGCAGCCUCCAACGGCCACAUGGAUAUACUUAGCUUCCUGGUUAACUUUGGAGCCAAUCUCUUCGCUUUGGACAAUGACUUCCACUCUCCUAUGGAUGUUGCUGCCUCUCGGGACCAAAUGAGCUGUGUACGCUUUCUAGACAACGCUGCCUCCCAGCAAACCAGCCAGAAUGGCAAAAAGGUGGCGCGCUUAAAGAAGCAGGCUGCCAAAGAAGCAGAGCAGAGAGUGAAAAUGUGUGAAAAGGUGAAGAAGAGGCACCAGAGCAAGAUGGACAAAAUGUACCGCGGCAGCAUCUCUGGCUCUGAAGAUACAGGAAGUGGCUUGGUGACCCCGAACAGUGACAACAAGCCCAUCACUGCUGACAUGUCCGGGUCUAUUAAAAUGACAUUCAAAGGGACCUUCCAGAGGAAGUUUAGAAAGGACAAAGGAACUGUUCCAAGACAAGGGGACACCAAUGUCAUAUUCAAAAAACAAGAGAAUGGGACCACAGGGAAGCCUGACUUUGUGGAUGUCUUCAAUGAGCAGGAUGAAAAUGAAGAGGAUGAAUAUGAAAUGAGUGGUUUUAAAGAUGAGGAUGAAGAAGGUGCAGUUCAGGUGAAAGAGUCCAUAUUUAACAGGCCUGGACUUGGGAACAUGGUUUUCCGAAGGAACUUUUCAGUGGAAAUGGGAGUCGAGCCAGAUGAAUUCCCAAGUGGAGACACAGAGGACCUGGGCUUCCUGAUCCGCAAGGAGGUGUUUGAGGCAGAGGAAGAUGAAUUGGAGGACUAUUUAGAGGCACAGUUACCUUGGAACCAGGAGGAAAUUGGACUGGAUGAAGAUGAUGAGGAGACUUCACCUCUGGAUGCCUUCCUGACCUCCAUAAACUUGCUGGAGUUUGCCCCUGUGUUUGUCCGUGAGCAGUUAGACCUGGAAGCCCUCAUGCUUUGCUCAGAUGAUGAUCUUAAAAGCAUCCGCAUCCAGCUAGGGCCUCGCAAAAAGAUUCUGGAAGCAGCAGCUCGAAGGAAAUCAGCUCUGGAUCAACCUGGUGUCAUUAAAGACAUCUUUCUGUAAAGAUAAUAUCUGUUAUACAUGAACAUUUUCAGAGUCAUUCAUCUGAGAUUCCUUAAUUGAUUACCCUGCUUAUGGCUGUUUGAAGA